UUUUUAUUUAAUAUGAACCCUUUUAAGGGUUCACCAAUGGAACACCAAAAUAAGCAUAAGUUCAUCUCUUCUCUUAAAUCCUAAAAAUAAUAAUAUAAAAUUCUAAUGAACCUCUCUAAGAGGUUUACUAAUGUAGAUGCUUUUAGAUAAGACCAUGUUUAUCAAUGGUUUCUAUGUGAGUUUCUAUCAUUUUUUAGUAUUUUUUUAAUUCAAAAAACGUGCUUAAGAAGGAGGAUCGAUCCUAAAUUUAGGAUUAAGAGGAUCGAUCCCUCUUUGUGACGUGGCUACUUUUCAUUGGUUAAUGAAGAAAGAGAAAAAAAUGUGGUGCAAAAUUUUUUUUGGUGAAAAUCAUUCUUCUUCUUGCCUGAAAAAAAAUAACCCACAAGCCUUUGUCGAUGCGAUUUCUUUCGCCAUGUUCAUCUGUCAUUGGCGAUGACCGUCAUCCGGCAGAGUAAUCGGCUAACCGGCGGCGUCUUCUAUUCCAAUCGCGGCCUGAAAUCGCAUCAUCGCUGGUGUCUUUUGGUCGACGAACUCUCGUGAAAUCGCGUCACCACAACAAUCUUGGGCUGCAUCGAAUCGACAAAAAAGCUUUGGUUGCAGGAUACCUCUUUAUGUCUUUAAAUACACCAGAGUCAUGUCCUCCAGUCCAGCCAAUAUAUCAGUUUUUGGAUGGUGGAAAUGAUGAAAUCGAGGAAUCUCAGACCGGAGGCUGAACCGGCGUCGAAGUUUCCGGUGAAGUUGGAGAUCGUCGAGGAUUUUCUUGACGAAGAACACAGUCCUCCCAACAAGCGAUCUAGGCUAUGGAGCAAUAAUGGAACAAGCGUCUCUCUUAUGAAAUUUAACCUACUUGAUGAGCCAAGUCCUCUGGGACUGAGCCUAAGGAAGAGCCCGUCUUUGCAAGAUCUGAUUCAGACAAGACUUUCUCAAAGUGUUGCAGUUGGUUCUGUUGUUAAGAAAGAAAGUCUAUGUAAUGCUUCCUCUGUUGUAGGAACCGUUGAGAAGCUCAAAGCUUCCAACUUUCCUGCUUCCGUUCUGAGGAUUGGUCAAUGGGAGUAUAAAUCGAGGUAUGAAGGUGAUUUGGUAGCGAAAUGUUACUUUGCAAAACACAAACUUGUAUGGGAAGUGUUGGAACAAGGACUUAAGAGCAAAAUCGAGAUUCAAUGGUCAGAUAUUAUGGCUUUGAAAGGAAAUUGUCCGGAAGAUGAACCUGGAACGUUGACUAUCGUGCUGGCAAGGCGGCCGUUAUUUUUCAGGGAAACUAAUCCACAGCCUAGAAAGCAUACUCUGUGGCAGGCAACAUCAGAUUUUACUGAUGGUCAAGCCAGCAUGAACAAGCAACAUUUUCUGCAAUGUUCACCAGGGAUAUUGAACAAACAUUUCGAGAAGCUUGUCCAAUGUGAUCAUCGUCUCUUCUGUCUAAGCCGACAGCCAGAGAUAAAUCCAGACUCACCUUUCUUUGAUUCACGACAAUCUAUAUUUGAGGAUCCUUCAGUGUCUGGAUCUCAGAAUUUGGCAUCUCCUGUUGGAGCUCAGUCAUCAUCAGAACAUGUGUCCCUGUCUCAUGACGCACUGUCGCCAAGUUCAGUGAUGGAUACUCGUGCGAUCGAAGGAGUUGGUGCUUCCUCCAUUAACUCAAGAAAUACAACGGAUUGGAAUAUAAAAGUGCCUGGACUACACCAAUCUAUAUCGAUGAACGAUCUCCUUACACUUCUGUCAGAUCAAGCUAACCCGGAAUUUGAAGAAAUGAAACAGUUGUUGUUAAGUGACACGCAUCCCGAAAACAACACAUCGGAUGAGAAGUCUGUCAUGUCAAAGGUGAAUUCUUUCUACAAUCUCUUGCAAUCUGCUGCAAACACAAACGAUGGGAAAGAGACUGGAGUCGAAGGCAAUAAUAGAGUUCUUGAUCCUGCUUCUUCAAGCAGCAAGACGCAAGGCAUGUCAAGGAAAGACUCGUUCACUGAUUUGUUAGUACACCUUCCUCGGAUCACUUCCCUACCAAAGUUCUUGUUCAACAUUUCAGAAGAAGACGGUGAUGUCCAUACUGGAUAACAAUAACGGUUCGAAACUACCAUCGCCAUAUAUAAAUUAUUCAGUUUUGUGGUGACAAACAAGUAUAGGAAGCUUGAGAACAAGUAGCUGUAAAUUAAAAGUUUUUCUCUGUGGGUAACCAAGAGAAUUUGUGCUCUUGUUUGCAAGUGUUGAAACUUUAAAGAACCCAAACACGAGGAUUUGGAUGAACUUUGUGUUUGAUGAUGAAUCCUUGUACAGAAAUGUGUUUAUUAUGGCGUUUUUUUUCUAAAGCCAAUUUGUUUGAAACAUUGAGUAAACUUCAGUAUUUACCUAUA